AGAGCGUGGGGUGAGAAGGAGUUGAAAGGUGGCCUCCCAGAGUUCCCCAUGGGCCCCCCCGGACCCUGACGGGGGUUCCCUGGGCUCUCGGGCCCUGACGGGGAGUCUUUCAGUAGGAGAAGCCGCGGCUCAACCUUGUGCCCGGCCCUCGGACCCCACAAACAAGAGGGGGCCUGGCCGCGGGGCUGAGGGGCCCUGGUGCGCUCCUUCCGCCCCGGACUCCUCGGGCGGCCCCAUGGCCGCGGCCCGAGUGGACCGGGCUGGGCAGGACCACAGUAGAGGACUGAAGUGCAGAGCCGGCAGUGUGGGACAGACCCGCGCGGGUCGGGGCGGGCGACAGGGAAGCUGCCGCCGGGGAAGCGCAGCUGCCGGGCGCUGGCCGGAAGCGCCCAUCGGGAGGCGGAAGUGGGUUGCGGCGGCGCUGUUGGGUGUCUGCUGUGGCACCUGUGCUGUGCAGUCCCCUCAGAUGCCUCUCCGCCGGGAUCUUCAGGAGCGUGGAGAACGAGUCUGUCAGGACAGGGACUCCUGUGUGUAAAGGCCAGACGAUUCGGACUGGUUUGCGGUAUUGGUAUUCUGAUGGGCGCAUGCGUGCCCCGCGCUCUUCAGUGUGGUUCUUGUCCGGCCAACAAACGUGACCUCCCUGUGCUCCCGCGCCCCUUUUCAUGAUCAGCAUCCAUCCUAUCUACCCUAACCUGAAAAUGUGACUCAGUACAUAAGGAAGAAAAAAAUGUCACAAAAGCAGAUGAAGGAAGCUUUUGUCAGUAACCUCAAUGGAACCAGUGUACUGGAAAUCAUCCAGGGCUUGUGUUUGCCUGCACUGUGUAUCCUCUUCCGAGGGCUCCUGAUCAUUCUUUCACAGUACUUAUGUUUUUCACAUACCUGGAGAACUCGAUUCUUUAUUGACUUUGUUGUCCUGAUAGUGCCUAUGGUGGCUACUUUGACCAUUUUGUCUUCAUUUGUCCUCUUUGAGCACCUUGCCAUAAUUAUCUUUGGGACAGGGCUGCUCUAUCAUAUAUAUUGCAGGAGGACUUACUCUGCCAGAAUGCCUCUCCGGAAGAUCCUUGAAAAAUUCUCAAAAAUCAGCCUAGAAUCAGAAUACAUUCCAGCCGUCUCCUGCUUCCGUGUAAUUAAUAGUACAUUCACUGCUAUUGCCAUUUUAGCUGUGGACUUCCCAAUUUUUCCCAGAAGAUUUGCCAAAACUGAGCUCUAUGGAACAGGAGCAAUGGAUUUUGGAGUGGGUGGCUUUGUUUUUGGAACUGCAAUGGUUUGUCCAGAGGUUAGGAGAAAAUAUACAAAAGGGUUCACAUUUAACUAUUUUAUAAAGUCACUGUACUCUGUUUGGCCAUUAAUCAUCCUAGGAAUAGGACGAUCAGUGAUUAUAAAAUCCAUAGACUAUCAGGAACAUUUAACUGAGUAUGGAGUGCACUGGAAUUUUUUCUUUACCUUAAUAGUUGUGAAAUUGGUAACAUCACUGCUUUUGAUUCUUUUUCCCUUAAAUAAAUCCUGGAUUGUGGCCAUUGGCAUUAGUGUAUUAUAUCAGUUAGCCCUUGAUUUUACUCCACUGAAAAAGUUACUUUUAUAUGGUACUGAUGGCAGUGGCACAAGGGUUGGUUUGUUAAAUGCCAACCGAGAAGGAAUCAUUUCUACCGUGGGGUAUGUGGCAGUACAUAUGGCUGGUGUGCAGACAGGUUUAUAUGUGCUUAAGAAAAGAUCAUGUAUCAAAGACUUGAUAAAAGUAGCAUCUCAUAUACUACUGAUAGCUAUUAGCCUUUUCAUAGCUCUUUACAUAGUUCAGGUAAACAUAGAAGUAGUGUCUCGAAGAAUGGCCAAUUUAGCCUUUUGUAUUUGGAUAAUUGCUUCUAGCCUCAUCCUCCUUAGUACUUUAUUAUUAGGUGAUAUAAUUUUGAAUUUUGCCAAAUUUCUAAUAAAAGGAGCUCUAGUCCCAUGUUCUUGGGAUCUUAUCCAGUCACCAGUAAUAAAUAAGCGUUCAGAGUCACCAGUUUCUGAAGCGGAAAUUAAGAAACCCAGUCUUUGUUUAAUCACAGCUAUUAACAGAAACCAGCUAGUUUUUUUCUUACUAUCAAAUAUAGCCACUGGCCUGAUUAACCUGUUGAUGGAUACAUUGCAGAGCAGUUCCUUGUGGGCCUUAUUUGUGCUCAAUCUCUAUAUGUUUACCAACUGCUUAAUUAUAUAUGUGUUACACUUGCAAGAUAAGACGAUAAAAUUUUGGUAAGCAAUAGGGGUAGGCUAGAUCUGUGAGCAGUAACUAUUGUAUUGAGGAAGAAUAAAUCUUAAGUGUGAAAAAGAUGUGCUGUUGGCAGUCCAGUGUUAACUAAAUUACAAAAUUAAAAUGAGCUUUUAAUCUUUUAUAAUAGUGGUGAUGCUUACUAUUUGAAUGUAUUUCAACACUUACAUAAAACCAAUACCAAAGAAACAAAACCUUGCUAUUUGUUAGAAUAUUUAUUAAAUUUCACUAUUUUAAAUAAAUUGGUUAGAGUUGUGACAAUGGAAGGUGGGGUGGAUUUUUUAACUUCCCAUCUUAUAUCAUUUAUACCAGCCUAUGUUUUUUAUCAUUUGUAUUACUAUUAUUAUAAAGUUGACAUUAAAAUA